AUGUUCCUCGAUGCGGGCCGCGGGCGCGUGACCACGGACGGUCUGCUAAGCGCCCUGGCCCGCCUGCGCCGCCCGCCGCCCCCCCUCCCGCACCCCGCGAUACCCUCACGACCCUCGGAUGGGCGUAACCAGGCUCCCAAGAUCCACUCAUCUCGUCCCUCCCCUGAACACGCGCCAGGCGUGGAGAGCAGCAUGACGGUAGCGCACGGGGACGGCUCCCCAGAACGCCUGGGCGGCGCUCUUCGGCGUCUUCACUACCGUGCCACUCGCCGCGCCCACUCCGCCGCCGCCAGACACCACUCCACUACCCCUAAGGUAUUAUUUAACCAUAAUUUCUGCACUCUUACUGAU